AAAAGAUCCGCGGCUCGUAGCAAUCGGUAGAAAAAUUUCUUUCUUCCUUGAUCUUCUGUCCUGCGUGACUUCGACUUCUUGCACCGGGGCUUGAGUGUCGCUCCUUUGCGAAAAGAGACGAGAGACUCAUGAUCAGGAAGUUCAAUUUGAACAGGUGAUCUACCCGCACGAACGCUGAAGAUUUUUCUGAGUGGAAAAGAAACAAAGCACAAGAUGGCGAUCGUUCCCGCAACCAGUCUGAACGCUUCCGCGUUUUGUUUCUAUCCGUGUCGCGGCAACUUCUACCGGGCGCAAGUGUUCCUCAAAGACGCCUAGGUGGUUGCGGUUGCGACAAGCGGGAAACGAGGGAGAUCAUUGCAAGCGACAAAAUCGGAAUUCCGCACGGUGGCGCAACGACGGGUCAAACCUCCUAGCAGAAUAAAAAAAACAGAAUCCAAACCGUUCCACGCAAGAAUUGAGCUGUCUAUCACAACCUCAGCCACCGCGUCCGUCGCGUCGCCGCCGAAGAAUUCGACACCAGCAGUGAUCCACCAAUAUAUAAGCAAGGCCCAUAAAAAAGAUCAUCAGCAACAAGAUGAAGAGCGAAGCCCAGUGUUGUCUGUGUUGCUGGUUCUCGGUGAUCCUAGCUUCCGUGAUCCUCUUCGCGUGCUCGUUUACCACGAUGGACGUCAACAACCUCGGCUUAGAGUUCAACAGCAUUAACCGGCAGUACAACAAGGGGAAAAUCUACGGCCCCGGGCGCUACAUGCUCGGCCUCGCCCGACAGCUCGAAGCUUUUCCGACCACCUGGACGGAGCUGUCGUUUUGCCCGGGGUGCCCCAACGGAAACGCGAUCACGGGCCGGGUGGGGGUAGGGAGCAGUGCGGUCUCGGUGCACGUGUCACUCACGUGUUACUACAAGUUAAGGGUGGAGUAUUUGCCGGAGGUACCUAUUGCCAUUGGAUUGAGUUUAUAGUGUACGGGAACAAGAAACAGUAUGCAAGGAAGUAGAAAAUCAAAAUGAAAAAAAGAAAAUAACCAACCAGUACUACUCCAUUCUCGUGGUUUUCCUUUUCCUUUUCCGGAGAUGUUGCAUGAGUAGACCACAAUCGAACAAAAAUGCUUCUCCAAAAUAAACAUCGUCAGAUCAUCAGCUUCUUUCCGCAGAAGAACUGGGAGGCACGGUAUAUCACCAUCAUCAAAAACGCGGUGGCCGUGGUUAUCGGGUCGGGCACCCUCCAAAUGGAGCAGUUUCUGACCGACCGGGAUUACGUCGCCAAGGUGAUCGGGUGGGAAAUCUAUCCACAGUAAAUUUAUUCCCGUACUAUUACACGACGUGCAAAUGCGGUUUCUGCAUGACAAACUUUUCGUUUUCCUUGAAUCCUCUUCAGCAUGACAAGUUUGACACUCAAAGUUAGCAUGCAAUUCGUACAUGUACGGGAAAUUUGUAUCGCAUAAAAUCAACGCGAGACUGCAACCCGUGUACGGCUACGUGACAGCCGUGUACUUAGGAGCGAUAGGCUUGGGGAGUACCAGCUUCAGCACGAUUGACAACGUGUAUCUAAACAAGCAGAUUUCCAUACGACGCGCGGUCACCAGCGGAGUGGAGGGGGAAACACAGGUGAGUUGUGGGGUGCUGUGCUUCCUCGAUUCUUUUGUGGAGUUCUCGGGGUAGAGCUCUUAUCGUGAAAUGAUGAAAGAACCGCAAGAAAGCGACCAAUCAGGAGCCACUCUCAUUCAUACUUACCACAGGUAAUCGAAGCCCAGGCUAACCAAAACGUGUCGAAGAUAUAUGCUGAAGAGAGGCAGAUCCUGGACGACACCUAUAGGCAAACGAACUUCACCGUUGCGGAGUAUGCGGCAAGGGGGCAGGGUAAGCGUAUGUGUAAUGCGUUAAAAUGCGCUUUUUGCUGCAUGAGAAAAAAAACAAGAUUAGAUAAACCGCUUCCAAGAACAUCAUAAGAAAACUCUAUCUCCCCGACCACAGGUAUCCUCCUUGACGCCCAGGGUAGCGGUUACCUGUACGUGCAGUCGCGACUAAACUUCUCCCAGACGGACUUGAUCAAGUUCAUUUACUUCGACAAGAUGCGGUCAACCGUCAAUGAGCUGGUCGGCGGCUUCCCCGUGGCCAAGUACGACUCGUUGGUCAGCACGGUAUGAUCGGCAGAAUCGAUUGCUGCGCGCUGUGCAACCCAUUGUAAAAGCGAAGUCGAUAAUUCCAGAGUAGAACAAGCGUGGCCUCGGCGCACGCACGUUGGCACUCAGCCUGCCCGUCAAGCAAGAUGGCAGGCAGUGCUGCUCACGUGCUUGGUGCCUGCCCCGUAGUAGCGAAACCGCAGCUAGCUAUAGAUUGUCUUAGCAUGUUGCUGAGCAUGAGCUCCUCAUAGAAAUUGAAAAGGCGCAAUAUAACGAGAUAUCUGUGCUUGACGACUCGCGGUCACCUUUUCCGUGCUUCAUGUUGUUCAUCAUGGGCACACUCUUGAUUCUCAUCGCUGUUCAAAGGUGAAUGCGAAAUGUCAAAUACCGUCGCAAAUCCAAAUGGGCAUCUCAAAAACUAUCCCGUGAAGAAACAAUAGAAUGCGAAAACUAACCAUAUUAUAUUGCACCUUUAUUGAUGGAAUACUUGCACGUUGUACUAGCGUUUCGUAUUUAAGAAAUUUGCUCCUGCAGCCGUCGAUUCGAUCUGAAAGCAUCCAAAGGCACGAGAAAUAAACAGAGCAGAUGAUCAGGCUGAUGUUUCUUCAUGGAAGCAAUUUAUACAGUACGUAGCUUCGCCUCAAACAUUAACAUCAUCAAGAUCUUCGAAUCGCAAUCGCGUAUGAGCGUUGAUCGAUAUACUCGAAAGUUGAAUCCCGUUUUG